AUGUGCGGCAUGCUGUCUUUGGGGUUUGAAAGCAAGGAAUGGCAUUCGACAUAUCAAAAGUUGCCAACUGUUAUUGAUGAUGCUCUCGCUAAUGGCAAAGGCAAGCGUAUCACCAGCCGUGCAGCCGUCGACGUUACACAAGGCAACAUUUUCGACGUUUUCGACGAUUGGCAGGAUCCAAAGUUCUGGCCGGAGUUGAGUGACGCAUCUGGCAACACUUCCGGCUCUCAAGAACCCGGGACUAAAGAACUCAAAGUUCAAGUCAAUAUCAAAGGUCGGUCUAGUCUUCUUCGUCAAGAUGUUCAGACCGGAGAAGUGACUGAACUCCGUUUGUUGACCAAGCCUGGAGCACCGAGAAAGCGCCAUAUCGGUAUCCGUCCCCCCACUAGGCUUACAUAUCGUGCUAGAGACUACUUGGCGGUCCUUCCACUCAAUCCACCUUGA